AUGCCCGACAUUACCGUUCUCAUUUCGGGCUCUGGCUCCAAUUUGCAAGCUCUUAUAGAUGCCGAGGCUAGUGGGGUCUUAAAAGGCAAAAUCACUCAAGUCAUCUCAUCCAGUGAAACAGCUUACGGCUUGGAAAGAGCUCAGAAAGCCGGUAUCGUUUGCAAAACACACACAUUGAAGAGCUACUACAAGGGCACCACAAAAGAACAGAAGCUUGAAAGACAAAAGAGACGCGAACAGUUUAAUAAGGACUUGGCCAAUCUCUUAAUUUACGGUCAUACUGAGAGUAAGCAGGAUUCCGGUUAUAAAAAGCCUGAUCUCAUUGUUUGUGCUGGAUGGAUGCUUAUUUUGUCGCCAGCAGUGUUGCACCCGUUAGAGGAAGCUAAUGUAAAAAUCAUUAAUUUGCAUCCAGCAUUGCCCGGUGCUUUCGAUGGUACACACGCCAUUGAAAGAGCCUGGAAAGCCGGUCAAGAUGGAGAAAUCUCGGUAGGUGGUGUCAUGAUACAUAAAGUGAUUGCAGAAGUUGACCGUGGUGAACCUAUCUUGGUGAAGGAGCUUGAAUUAAAAAAGGAAGAAACUUUGGAGCAGUAUGAGGAAAGAGUUCACUCAGUAGAGCACAAGGCUAUUGUGGAAGGAACGAAUAUUGCUCUCGAAAACUUAUAA